CAUCAGCGACUCUGUGUCUAAUACAACACAAAAUCCUGUCAGGACAGUCGCCGCUCACCAGCACACUCUUUAAACCCCGUUAGAGCUUACGCACAUACGCACAGCGGCGCUUUUAUUUGAUUCUAUUCAUUUUUCCCCUCUGGCAUGAAAGAUUCGUCAUGAACGUUUUUAUAUCUGUCCCAAAUUAAUCUCAUCUCUCGCUCCAUUUGCGCGAUGGCAAAGUGCGUAGAAGUUGCAGGAGGGCUGAGGAGAGUCGACCUAAAUUAUGGUCGCAAUUAUCUUUUGAGACCCAAGAGACAAGGCGCCGUAGACAGAAGGAAUUAGUGAAGGAGUAAAACGAUUAAAACGCUCGACCCCCUGUCUCCAGACAGGUUCGCUCAUUACCGCGAUAGAGGACACGAAGAGUGGAGGAGAAUUUCUGAGGACAGAAAUGCGGAUAACGACUGGGAAAAUUACCACAGUGUUUUGUUGCAUCACCGGUAGAAGGUAAGAUGUUUGUGGAUUCGUGUCAUAAGAAGUGGGUCACAGCACUCCUGCUCCUCUACUGUUUGCAGUCAUCAGCAUCUGAGUUCCUAUGGCCAUGUCCUCAAAAGUGUAUUUGUAAGCAGGACACACCAGAGGUCAAUUGUUCGUCCAAACACUUAACAGUUGUUCCGGAAGGAUUACACAUCAGUACCAAGCGUCUGAAUCUUUCUGGCAACCGCUUGAAGACACUGAGUCGGCGACAGUUCUAUGGAUUAACCCAACUAGAGGAGCUGGACCUUAGUGAGAACCUUAUAUCUAUGAUUGAAGUGGAAGCCUUUCAGGGUCUAAAAAACCUACGAAUAUUAAAAAUAAAAAACAACAGACUUAAGAUCAUCCCAGUUGGUGUCUUCUCUGGUUUGUUGAACCUUCUCAGCCUGGACAUUAGCAGGAAUGAGAUACUUGUGUUUCUAGACUACACAUUUCAGGAGAUGGUGAACCUACAAGAAAUGAAUGCAGGGGAAAAUGACCUGGUUUUUAUCUCACAGAGAGCCUUUGUUGGUCUGCAGAGCCUACAAGAGCUGAAUGUGGACCGCAGUAACCUUACCUCUAUCCCUACUGAUGCAUUUUCACAGCUCCAAAGCCUGACCAAACUGCGCCUACGGAGACUCAAUAUUAAUGUAUUACCCAACAAUGCCUUUCGCCGGCUGCACCAGCUGCGUACACUGCAGAUACUUCAGUGGCCCUCACUAGAGACUUUAAACAGCAACAGCCUUGUGGGUCUUAACCUCACCACCUUGGUUAUUAGUAACUGCAAUCUGGGUGCCAUACCAUAUGCCGCAUUGCGCCAUUUAACACACCUGAUCUAUUUAGAUCUGUCCUACAAUCCCAUUACAUCUGUAGAAAGUUCUAUGCUGGGGGAGUUGCUCAGACUUCAGGAAUUCCACUUGGUUGGUGGAAAACUUCUCCGCAUUGAGCCAGGGGCCUUUAGGUGUUUGCUUCACUUUCAGCUGCUCAAUGUAUCCUCAAACCGACUUACAACCCUAGAAGAGAGUGCCUUUCAUGCAGUCGGGAACUUAAAAACCUUGCGGUUAGACAGGAACCCACUAACUUGUGACUGUCGUUUAUUGUGGGUGGUGCGGCGUCGUUUGAGGUUAAACUUUGAUGGUCGCCAGCCAACAUGUACUACGCCUGAUCGUGGCCGUAAACGGGAGUUUCGUGACUUUUCAGAGGCAGAGCUACCAAAAGUGUUUAUCUGCAGACAGGCAUGUAUCAUGGAACAUAAGCUGCAAGAAGCAAAGGUGGAUGAGGGAACCAAUGUGCAGUUUGAAUGCAAAGCAGAUGGGUAUCCCCCACCCUCUAUAACUUGGUUAUCACCCCAGCAGACUCCGUUCAGCUCUAUGGGGAGAAUACGAGUACAUGCAAAUGGUACUCUGGAAGUGCGUUAUGUCCAAAUGCAAGACACUGGAACUUACCUAUGCAUUGCAGCUAAUGCUGCAGGGAAUGAUAGUAUCUCUGCCAGACUUCAUGUGAGGAUCUCCCCUCGAAACUAUACAACUCCCAAUUUCUUUGAUGAGAGCUGGGUUGAACCUUCAUUGCCUCCUUCCACCAACUCAUCAGCACAAGUAUCAAGUCCUUACCCUUUUGAUGCCAAGACCCUUGUCAUUGCUACUACUAUGGGGUUCCUUUCUUUUCUGAGCUCUGUGGUCAUUUGUUUUGUGUUCAUGUUCCUCUGGAGUCAGAGUAAGGGCCAGAUUAAGCACACAGCCACCAUUGACUUUGUGCCACGUACAUCUAUGGGAGGAGGUGGAGAUGGUGCAGACACAGGGAGGUUUACAAUGAAGCUCAUAUGAAGUCUUCUAAGGACAGAAUUUAAGUGUAGCUAAUGUAUGCUAAAAUAUCCAGAAUUGUGGCUCCUGUUAACUCUACUGAAAUUUUGGGGGAUAGUUUGGUAACUGCCUUCAGUUCAUCAUUGCCAUUAUCUGUCAUUCUAUUGGGGCAGUCGACCUGCAAAAGAUGUAAUAUUAAAGAGCUUAUUUAUCUUGAAAAAUACAGAAAGUAAUGUUUGUUACUAUUUAAAAAUGAUAUGAGUUUAUUUGAGACAAUUUGACUCAAAAACAAACAUCAAAAGAUAUAAUAUGCGUAUUUUGAUCAGGUAAUGUGUAUAUGUUAAAAAGUAAUAUUAUAGAAUACAAAUUAUUUGCUGUUUAAUAUUUGCAUUGUGGUAUUUAGAUUAAAUUAAACUAGAUCAAAAUACAAUAAACUUCAGUUUAACUGACAGCUGUGGUAUAUUAUACUGGGCUGUAAAAGCAGUACCUGUUAUGAAUUCUUUAAAAGCAUGUAUUUUGGCAAUUUUUUAAAAUAAAAUAGAUUUACAUGUGACUCAUCAAUGCAUAAUUAUAGAAGAAAAAAUAUAAAAGAGUAUUACUGUAUGUGAUCAAGUGACAUAAGAUGCUUUGCUAUAUAACGUAUGUAAUGUAAAUACUUAACACUUCUGCUGCACAUUCAGCUGAUUUGUUACUAAUAUAGAUUUGUUUUGUCAUAAAUACUAUUUGUGUACUAUGCAGGUCUGUCUGUUAGGCAUUGGCCACUGUUUUGCAUGAUAUUUUUUUUGUUGACAACUUUUUAUAAUAAAUUCAGAUUUUACUUUUUUUAUACUUACGUACUUAUAUAUACUUACUUUAAAUAUUGCAUUGUAAUUAUCUACCGAUAGUCUUGCGCUUAUAAAUAUCCCAUUGCAAAUAUUUUCUUACACACCCAAACUUUAAUCCUAAGGGUACAACAGAAAUAUGAUAUGACUUUGUUAACAACUGUUAUGCUUCUGUAUGUGAAUAACCUUCCUCCAAGAGACAUGUAGAUACUAAUUGAUGCCUGGAGAACAAUGGUGUGAGGACCAGUUGUGCUCUAGUGAACACACACACAUACACAUACACAUGCACAUGCACAUACACACACACACACACACACACACACACACACACACACACACACACACACACACACACACACACACACACACACACACACACACACACACACACACACUUCUAUACUGAUGAGAUUGGGAGAUUGGUCUCUUUAAUAAUGACAAGGGGAUAAGGGGUCCAUGGUACAGUACAAGGGAUCAGUGAAUGAUUUGAUGACUAUGGAAAUGAUGUAAAUCAUAUCAUAUGGCCUUUGAAGUCACCAUUUAUCAACUGACUGAACAGCUACAUUGGAUAUAAAAAGUCAAAACCUUUAUACACCUGUAUAUUUCAAAAUGAAAUCAAGAUAAGUUCUUUCCACCUCUAAUAUGUGUUAGCGACCUACACAAGUUAAAAACAAAUAGUACCUGUUUAGGGGAAAAAAUAGAAAGCAUCUUUUUCAUGUAAUACAGCACAAUUAGGCAAAAUUGUAGUUCACCCCUACUUGUAAAAAAUGUUCCAGAUAUAACUGGAUAGGAUUUAUUUAUUUUGGAUAGGAUUUGGCACUGGGUUCUACUGGGCCAUUACAAAAGAUUGAGCUUCUUCUUCUGAAGCUAUUCCUUUGUUGACCUGUAUUUAUGCUUUGGGUCAUUGUCAUGCUAGAAGGUGAAAUUUUUCAGAGGCCGGUUUUGUGCCAAAUUAAGGACAUAGGGAUCCCUGUGGUGCCCCAUUUUCUCCAACUGAUGUUGGCCUUCACUGUUUUAAGGCACAUCAAAGGAUUGAAAUUCCUUUCUAUCUCUCUGCUGAUUGAUUGCUUUAACACUGAGAUUCUGUGCAUGCUCUUUGUGACCAGCAACCGGAUGAAACCAAGAUGUCAAGAAAAUCUCUAUGUUUUUCUUCUAAAUUGUUUAUAUUUGUUUAAUAUCUUGAAUUAUUUUUUUUUAACAUAAAACAGGGGUGUGAUGGUAUGUAGGGGUGUGUAGACUUUUUAAUUCCACUGCAUGUGAAAUUUUGAAUUAAUGUAGUGAGUUCCAUCACCAUCAUCAAUACACCAAGGAAUAUAUUUUGAAAGAAUGUUUGUCCACUGUUCCAGUGUAGCAGCAGAAGCUUGUGGAAUCUAGUGCACUGAUGCUGUCAUAGUGACUAAUUUGUAUAUUUGAGUCAAUAAAUAAAUGA